UGUCCCUCCAUGUCUGAAGAAGUCACUUACGCGGAUCUAAACUUCCAGAACUCGGGAAAGACGCAGAAGAUCCAGGAGUUGGACCCAGUGGAGACCAAAGAGCCUCCGGCACCUUCCCAUGUAUGGACUAAAAUAGCCCUGGGUCUGACUUUCCUCCUCUUUCUCCUCCUCCUCCUUGGACUAGGAAUCUUGGGGAGCGUGAUUUAUAAACUGCAAAAUGCCCAAGAAGAUCUUCAGAGAAACGUGUCCCUACAACAAAUGGGGAAUGUCAACAGUUCUGAGAAGAUCCAGAACCUCUCUAUCGCAUUGCAAACCAUGGCCACCAGGCUGUGUCGUGAGCUACAGAAAAAAGAGCAAGGGCACAAAUGUAAACCUUGUCCACAGGAUUGGGAAUGGCAUGCAAAUAGAUGUUAUCGUCUGUCUUCUGUUCCUGACACGUGGGAAAAUAGCCAAAAGUCAUGUGCUCACCACAAUGCCAGCCUGCUGAAGAUUAACAACAAGGAUGCACAGGAUUUUGUAAAGUCCCUGAGGAACAACUAUUGGCUUGGAGCAUCUCCUAGACAAUCUAGCUCAUACUACGAUGUGAAAGUGGAUGACAGUAUUAUGUCUAAUAUCUGGUCAAAAAGUAACCUGACUGACUUAAAUAAAGCAUAUUGUGGAUAUUUGAACAGAAAAUAUAUUUAUUAUUAUCCCUGUUCUGAACAGAAAUAUGCAAUAUGUGAGAAAAUGUCUGGUCCGGUACGGGUGGAAAGUGUGCUAGGUUAAAGUUCACGAUGGAAGCCUGUGGUUGGUAAAACAAUGACUUUCCUUCAGAUCCUAUUCUGAUUAUAUUACGGAUGUUAGCAUGUGUCUCCUGGACCACACAAACAGAAUAAAUGC